AACUUGACUCAUCCCUAUGGAGUAUUAAAUAUAAUAACUCAUAUCAAAUUAUUAUUGUGGAUGGCGAUGCUGUGAGCAGGAAGUUGAUUUCUCAACAAAUCUGAAGAAGCCUCUGACUGUUGCCGUGUAACCGUCUCUGACCGUCACCACAUGCUGACAGCUUAAUUUCCAGACAGCAGAGAGACGAUAUUCCACAGUAAGAUGUUCCUGGAUGACUCCAUCAAUUGUUGAUAAGAACUGCUAAUUCACCUCUGUUGCUUUUGCCGCUCCUCUUUAAAUCUGUGGCCCGAUGCUGUAGAUCCUACAGUAACAGAUCCAGGCAGAGCGACGUUGGAGUCAGAACUGGUUUGAACUUCCUCCUUCUCUCUCUGCUCUGCAUCCAUGAAGCCUUUCCAACUCCUCUGCCAUCCGGGGUCACAGUUCACAUAUUAUUUGAGCUUUUGUAAUGCAAAUCAGCUAGUUGUAAAAAAGAAAAAAAAAUACACAAACAAAAAUAACAGUUUUCCAUCAUUUCAACUGUCCAAAAGUAAAAAUGUCAGAGCGAAAAUCCUCCCUUUGGACAGAAUCCAAAACCAGAGGGAAUAACGGCCUCAACCAAAAACAUGAUAAACCAAAAGUGAACUCUGACGUCCUGAUGCAUAAAACAAACAGCAUUCCAGGAAAGGAACAUCCCAGUCAAACAUGGUGGUGGUGGUGUGAUGCUGCGGGCUUUGUUUCUGUUUUGCCAAAUGGAUUCUGAUCUCUACAGAAAAUCCAGACGAAGACUGUCUGCUUCCUGACUGGCCUAGUUAAAGCCCUGAUUUCUUCUGAAUGCUGUAUUUACUCAGAUAAAGAGCAGAGCGGCAUGAGUCUCAGCGAGGCGCAUCUCCGGUAUUGAACGCGCGGCGUGAUCGCGCACGUACAGUACGUGCCGUGUUGUGUCGCCAAGUGGCCGUGGCGGGUAUAAACCGGCUGCGUCAAGCCCAAACCACGACGGCAGACUGUAACUGCCUCCAACCGACCAACCCGCUCUGAGCUCGCAUCAUACACGGACGCGCGCGCAUCCUGACGCGCGCGCGCACACAAACACACACACACACACACACACACACACACACACCCCUACACACACACAUAAAGAGGUGGCGGCGGCGCUCAGAGUUCCAGAGCGGGCUGGAACUGAUCCCUCAUAUUCCCUUCAUACUUCCAUCUAUUUUUAUAUGCACUAACUCCGCCAUUAUGCUGUGGACAGCGACUCAAGUCUUAAGGAAAUUCUCCACCUCUUCCCAUUACUACCAGAAUAAGCUAAAACUGGCCAUUAUUGGUCAGAGUCUGUUUGGCCAAGAGGUGUACAGUAACCUGAGGAAGCAGGGUCACAAGGUUGUGGGUGUGUUCACAGUUCCUGACAAAGAUGGCAAGGCCGACCCCCUGGCUGUGGCAGCGGAGAAGGACGGGACGCCCGUGUUCAAAUUUACGAGGUGGCGCGUCAAAGGGCAGCCUAUCCCAGACGUGGUGGACGCGUACAAGUCGGUGGGAGCAGAGCUCAACGUCAUGCCCUUCUGCUCCCAGUUCAUCCCCAUGAACGUAAUCGACCAUCCCCGGUACGGCUCCAUCAUCUACCACCCGUCCAUCUUACCGCUGCACAGAGGAGCUUCUGCUAUCAACUGGACCCUUAUUCACGGUGACAAAAAAGCUGGCUUCAGCGUGUUCUGGGCCGACGACGGCCUGGACACGGGCCCCAUCCUGCUGCAGAGGGAAUGCACUGUGGAGCCCAACGACACGGUGGACACGCUGUACAACCGCUUCCUCUUCCCAGAGGGCAUCAAAGCCAUGGUGGAGGCGGUGCAGCUCAUCGCUGAUGGAAAGGCCCCUCGAAUCCCCCAGACAGAGGAAGGAGCGAGUUACGAGGGCAUCCAGAAGAAAUCCAACUCCAGGGUGGACUGGGCCCAGCCAGCUGAGGCCAUCCACAACUGGAUCCGCGGCCAUGACAAAGUCCCCGGAGCGUGGACCGUCAUCGAGGGUCAGCCUGUGACCCUUUAUGGCUCGUCCAUGUUGGGGGGGUCGGUACCUGCCGGUCAGGCCUUGGAAAUCGAGGGGGCUUUCCAACCGGGCCUCAUCACCAAGUCCGGGCUGGUUCUGUAUGGAACCGACGGGAACGCCCUCCUGGUCAAGAAUCUGCAGUUUGAAGACGGAAAGAUGAUUCCUGCUUCCAAGUACUUCUCCUCAGGAGAAAGCUCCAGUGUGGAGCUGACCGACGACGAGAAGAAGAUGGCAGAGGAAAUCAGGAACAUCUGGAAGGGAAUCCUCAGCAAUGUUGGCGCCGUCGAGGAAACGACAGACUUCUUCAAGUCCGGAGCCGCUUCCAUGGACGUUGUUAGGUUAGUGGAGGAGGUCAAGCAGAAGUGUGCAGGCGUCCAGCUGCAAAACGAGGACGUGUACAUGGCCACCACCUUCCACGACUUCAUCCAGAUGUUCGUCCGCAAGCUCCGAGGGGAGGACCAGGAGGAGGAGCUGGUCGUCGACUACGCAACCAGAGAAGUGAACAACAUGACGGUGAACAUGCCGUACCAGUGCUUCAUCGACGGAAAGUUUGAGGAUGCAGAAAAUGGCAAGCGCUACGACACCAUUAAUCCAACUGAUGGAUCUGUGAUCUGUAAGGUGUCGUAUGCGUCAGUGGCAGAUGUGGACCGGGCCGUGGCUGCUGCUAAAGAAGCUUUUGAUUCUGGGCCAUGGGGCAGGAUGAACCCCAGGGACAGAGGAAGUCUGCUCUAUAAGCUUGCUGACCUGAUGGAGGAACACCAGGAGGAGCUGGCCACUAUUGAGUCCAUUGACUCAGGAGCCGUUUACACGCUCGCCCUGAAGACACACGUGGGCAUGUCCAUCCAGACCUUCCGCUACUUUGCAGGCUGGUGUGACAAAAUCCAGGGCAAGACGAUCCCCAUCAACCAAGCCAGACCCAACCGGAACCUGACCUUCACCAAGAAAGAACCUCUGGGAGUUUGUGCCAUAGUUAUCCCAUGGAACUACCCUCUGAUGAUGCUGGCCUGGAAGAGCGCAGCCUGUCUGGCGGCUGGAAACACACUGGUCCUUAAACCUGCUCAGGUAACUCCUCUGACCGCUCUGAAGUUUGCUGAGCUUUCUGUGAAAGCCGGAAUCCCAAAAGGAGUCAUCAAUAUUCUGCCAGGCUCAGGCGGCAUGGUGGGUCAGAGACUCGCCGACCACCCAGACAUCCGCAAGCUGGGCUUCACCGGCUCCACUCCAAUCGGCAAACAGAUCAUGAAGAGCUGUGCGCUCAGCAACCUGAAGAAAGUUUCUCUGGAGCUGGGGGGAAAAUCUCCCCUCAUCAUCUUCAGCGACUGCGACAUGGACAAGGCUGUUCGCAUGGGCAUGAGCUCGGUGUUUUUCAACAAAGGGGAGAACUGCAUUGCUGCUGGACGCCUGUUUGUGGAGGAGUCCAUCCAUGAUGAGUACAUCAGCCGAGUGGUAGAGGAGAUCAAGAAGAUGAAGAUUGGAGACCCUCUGGACCGCUCCACAGACCACGGUCCCCAAAACCACAAAGCUCACCUGGACAAACUGCUGGAGUACUGCGAGACAGGAGUGAAGGAAGGAGCCACGCUGGUGUAUGGAGGCAAACAAGUCGACAGGCCAGGUUUCUUCAUGGAGCCCACUGUGUUCACUGAUGUAGAGGACCACAUGUUCAUUGCUAAAGAAGAGUCCUUUGGCCCCGUCAUGGUUGUGUCCAAAUUCAAAGAUGGCGAUGUGGACGGUGUGCUUCAGAGAGCCAAUGACACAGAGUAUGGCCUGGCCUCAGGCGUGUUCACGCGGGACAUCAGCAAAGCCAUGUAUGUCAGCGAGCGACUGGAGGCUGGAACCGUGUUCGUAAACACCUACAACAAGACCGAUGUCGCCUCGCCUUUUGGAGGCUUCAAGCAGUCAGGCUUUGGCAAAGACCUGGGAGAGGACGCCCUCUUGGAAUACCUCAAAACCAAAGCAGUGACUGUUGAAUAUUGAGCCUCCAGAUUUUACAAUGAACUCUGACUCACUUCCUGAAAGAAAAGGAACUCAUGCGCAUUUUCACCUGGACUGUACCAGCAGCUACAGAGAACUCUGUUGUUCUUCUGGGCCACUUGAGCUUUUUGGAAAUAUUACACAUAUCUUUGAACAAAGGGAAGGUUUUUUUGUUAUUGUUUUAUACAUGUGAACUUGCAUUCAAGGUCUUACAUUGAUGCCACCCCACCUGUGGGAAGCAAAGCUUUGGUUGACACCGUUUGCAAAAUCAAGGUUCUUCAGGGUUAAGCAAUGGAGAAAGAAGAAAAUACUGUGAGCUUAGAGACAUCACUCCUUACAAUGUUUGGCCUUUCUCAGCAUCAUGAACUUGUCAAGCUGCCUUCAGUUUUCUCAUUGUACCGUUUCUUUACCCUGUUUCACGGUAUGAAGAGCCAAAACUGAGACUAUUGUCAAACCAGUGGUGGCUUUUCCUUGUCACAGGAGACGAUAUCUGUUCCAAAGCCUGCUACUGAAAUGAGAAGGAGAGUACUCACUUGUGUUAGCAUUGGAAAGGCUAGUGACUAGCAUGUCCAAGCUGCUCACCCAUUGGAUUUCCUACUCCCUCAGCUGUCAUAGGCUGGCGUUAACAUUUGAUGAUGAUGAUGAUGAUGAUGAAUACUUUAUUGAUCCCCAAAGGGGAAAUUCAAGGUCCCAGCAGCUCAAGACAUUACACACAACAUACACUACAAUUCACACAAUAUACCACAAAAACACUAAAUCACCAAAUUAACACAAUUACCAGACCAACAUUACUAAGAGUUAAAAAUACUAAAAAACACUAAAAAUCCUAAGUGCUAAAUUUAAAUUUAAAACAGUUGCCAGAAUGGAGGAGUGCAUGUUGACUUAUAAUGUAGCCGACAGAGUCAGUCAGAGUACAGUCCAUCAGUCUGUAUGACACUAUAAGGAGUGUCAUACAGACUGAUGGACUGUCUGUCCAUCAGUCCAUCAGUCUGAUGGACUGAUGGACUAAGCAGAGAAGUCCACUUCUCCCCUGCCCUUCAGUCUGUCUGUUGAGCAUGUCAGGGAGCGAAGUCUCCAGCUGAUCAGACUCUUCUGCUGCAUGAUGGUACUGUGGAGUGGAUAACAGUCGUUGUCCAUGAUGUUGAAUAACUUAUUCAGGGUCCUUUUAUCUGAUAUUGACAUAAUGCAGUCCAGUUCAGACCCCACUACAGAGCCGGCUUUCCUUACCAGCCUGUCUAGUCGUCCAGCAUCCCUCUUCUUAAUGCUUCCUCCUCAGCAUGUCACAGCAUAGAAGAGGAUGCUGGCAACGACAGACUGGUAGACCAUCCAGAGGAGCUUGCUGCAGACAUUGAAGGACCUCAGCCUCCUCAGGAAGUACAGCCUGCUCUGCCCCUUCUUGUACAGUGCAUCAAUAUUAGCUGACCAAUCCAGUUUAUUGUCCAGAUGUACUCCCAGGCACUUGUAAGUUUUCACCACCUCCACCUUAACCCCCUCGAUGGUGACUGGCAGCAGGGCAGACUUGGAUCUCCUGAAGUCCACCACCAUCUCCAUUUGAAAAGCUAACGUCACCCACUGGUUUAGAAACCUACCUAUUUUUCUUUUAACAGUAAAACUUUAUUAAGAAAAACAGUUGACAUACAAUAUCAGUAAACAAUAUGCCUCUCAGUUAUGCAAAGUUCACACUGGAAGAUUUUCAUGCUGAUUUUUGGCCCAAUUUCCCCCUUCUGACAAUCUUAAGUGCUACCUGAUAAAUAAGAGGUGUUCCUACCAUGUGUGAUGUGCUAAGAGUGAAUGUUGUCCAUUCGGAAGGACGUCGGAAUCACUUCCAACUAAAAUCGGGAAUAUUCAACAUCUUGGAUUGUCUUGGCCCGAUCGCCAAGCUGUGUGUGAUGUCACCCGAGGACAAACAACAACCAACACUGUCUUCAAUAACUCUUUGAAGAAUCUAAAUUAAAGAGUUACAACAACUUCUGAUUUCCCUUUGGGAUUAAUAAAAUAUUUUUGAAUUUGAAACCAGAACUCAGCCUGUUGAAUGUGACAUGGAACCACUCAGAAUGCAACGCUACAGAAACACAGCAUUCUAAAUAAAGAAGACAAAACCAGAAAGACCAGUGGACGUCAGAAAUGACUUUUUUUGGAGUAUAGUUUUUUCUCUGUUAAACAUAAUCCAUCGCCGUUGCUUCUUUCCAGUCAGCCAUGCUUGUUUACUCUGAACUCAUGUUUGGUCUUGAAAGGUUUUGUGAGAUUUCCCGUCCAACAUCUGAAUUUUAAGUGAAAUCAGUUCAUGUGUGUGUUGCUCCUGGCCUGUGUCUCGACACCACACACACUGUACAACCAAACCUGUUAUACAUGCGACAAGGAAGAAGACACUACUGGGUUUGCAAUAGUCUUAAUUUUGGUUCCAGUAGUGGGUCAUAGAGUCAAAGGAAGCCUUUGAGCUGUUGUAUGUUAUAGCACAAACUGAACAGUUCUUCACUCUUGGACAAAGUGAAUGUUUUUAUGAUCCAGUGUCUGUUUGCAUUUUUAGUCAAAUACAACUAAUUCUACAUUGGGUUGAACUAAGCAAACUUGCCAGGUAGGGAAGUCCCUAAUUAUUUAACUAUAAGCAUUUGUCCACAGUUCUGUGAAAUAAACUCUGUCUUCACAGUAGUAAUGGCUCAGAUGAGUAUUGUGAUUGUGUCCCACUGAACUCACUCUCCAAUGUUGUUCCUGAUGCCUUCAGUUUUUCUUGACGACAUAUAUUUCGUCCAAAAUGGAGUCUAAGUCAGUGACUAAACAUUGUAAAAUUUUAGGACUACUGUUUGAGCUGCUCUCUGUGCAGCUCUCCCCGCACAAUCUGCAAUCUCAACUUAGAAUUUAGGAAACCACAGUAUCCGGUACAGUCUCUAUUUCACUGUGAAUGUCAUUGUAAGGCGUGAAAUUUCUAGAUUCAUCAAAUCAGCAGAAUAACGAUUGUGGUUAUUUAUGUUUUCUUAAUGGCUUGUGUUGUUCCUUGACAGAAUGCCGCCAUGGGCAGUGAGCCGUCUCCCAACUCAGACAUUCUAGGGCUUA